GUGUUUGUAUUGACCGAAGCUAAGCUAACCUGAUGACUGAGAUGUUCCUCAUGCCUUCCAGGGUCUUCAGGUCUGGCUGGCUUCCCAGGAAAUCCAGGAAUACCAGGGAUCAACGGACACGAUGGCCCUCCAGGUGCAAUCGGUAUCCCAGGGUGCAACGGAACUAAAGGAGAAGCAGGCAGAGCUGGAACUGACGGCUUCCCUGGUCUUCAAGGCCCGCCGGGUAUUCCUGGGAUCACAGGCAUGAAGGGAGACCCCGGUGGAGUGAUCGGCAUCGUUCCAGUGAAAGGAGACCGAGGGUUCCAUGGAAUACCCGGACUUCCUGGAAAAAACGGCCCCCCCGGACCCAUCGGCCCUGACGGCCCCCAUGGAUACGAAGGCCCCAGGGGGGAGGCUGGCCCCCCAGGCCCUCAGGGAGAGAAGGGCGACCGGCUGUCCUUCCAGAGUGAGAAAGGCGACCAGGGGGAACGAGGGUUCCGUGGUCCGCCGGGCCCCCCCGGUCCCCUAGGGGAAAGACAGGAGGGAUCUGGAACCACCGAAUACGUCCCUGGAAACCCGGGAGAAAGAGGACCACGUGGCGAUCAAGGAGAAAAAGGGUACUGCUCGCCAUUCAUGACCGGGGUGAAAGGGGAACCGGGCCCCCCGGGAGCCAGGGGCAAAAAUGGAAAAGAUGGAGAUGGAGGGCCGAGGGGAGAGAGGGGCUUCACUGGAACCGUUGGACCCAGCGGGUUCCAGGGUGAAAAGGGUGAAAAGGGACCACCAGGAUCCGGUAUUGGGCUGUCUGGACCUCCAGGACCGCCUGGUCUCCCUGGACAGCAGGGAGAGAAGGGUUUCACUGGUCCCCAUGGAGACGCUGGGCCUCCAGGCCGGAAUUCCGAAGGCCCUAAAGGAGACCAGGGGAACAAGGGAGACGCGGGACCGCCGGGAGACCGGGGCCUGGAGGGGGAGUCUCUCCGCGGACCCCCUGGAGAGGACGGGCAGCCCGGCCCCCGCGGGCUCCCAGGACCCCCCAUCGACCCCGUUCUGUGCGAUGUGGAGAAAGGCGCCCCCGGGCCCCCAGGACCCAUCGGCCUUCGAGGAGAGUUUGGACAAAAAGGUGAGAAUGGAGAGACCUGCGUUCAGUGUGAGGCCAACGGACCCCCCGGAACCCCCGGCCCCUUAGGGCCCAAAGGGGUACAAGGGUUCCCUGGGCUGGCCGGCGCUAAAGGAGAGAAGGGCUCGUCUGGUCCUCCUGGUUCCACUGGAAGCUUCGGUGUUGGCGGCAGCCCGGGCCUGAUGGGGGCCCCGGGGGCAGUGGGAGAACCAGGCGACGUCUUUGUGGCCCCUGGGCUGAAGGGGGACCGGGGGCUCCCUGGGGCCUUUGGCUCCGCAGGCCUGCCAGGUGUGGACGGGUUUCCAGGGAAGGACGGCUUCCCGGGUUCCGUCGGCCCCAAAGGAGAACCGGCAAGAGAGGGAAUCAAGGGAGACCGGGGUCUGGACGGGGACCACGGGGCCUCAGGGCCGCAGGGAGAGAGAGGCCCUCCUGGGAUCCCUGGGGUGGGGCUGCCGGGGGAGACCGGAGGCAAGGGCGUGCCCGGGACCCCAGGAAGACCAGGCACACCUGGGCAGCCAGGCCUGAAAGGAGAAGCUGGUAAAGGAGUGAGCGCCCCAGGACCUCAGGGGACCACCGGACUCAGAGGACAGCAGGGCAUCCCGGGACUACAAGGUGAACGGGGAGUGAGCGGAGGCCCGGGGCCGCCAGGGUUUCCCGGAGGGAAGGGUGACCACGGACUUCCGGGGAUCGGACUUCCUGGCAUUCCCGGCCCCAAAGGAUAUUCCGGAGUCCCAGGAGCCCCAGGAGUUCCUGGAGAGGCAGGAAAACCAGGGCAUGACGGAGCCACAGGGCAAUCCGGGGGGCCUGGUCAGAAGGGCGACCCUGGCCGGGGUCUACCGGGCCCUAAGGGGUCUCAGGGGCCUGCAGGGGGGCCUGGGUUCCCCGGGACGAAAGGGACCGUUGGUCUCACGGGGGUCCCAGGGCUGGAGGGGCCCGCAGGACCACCGGGAGCUCAGGGGGUCGAAGGUACCCCCGGCCCCCCCGGGCUCUCAGGACGGGUCGGCCCACCGGGAGAACCAGGAGCAGGUCUGCCUGGGGGCCCCGGCCCCCAUGGGCCCCAAGGAGAGCCUGGACCAUUUGGUCAUAGCGGGGAGAAGGGGGAGAAGGGGUUCCCCGGGCCCCCCGGUCUCGACAUGCCCGGGCCCCAGGGGGAGAAGGGCCUGCCAGGGUUCCCCGGCCAGGCGGGGGGGACAGGGUUUUCGGGGCUACCAGGACAGCCGGGCAGGGCGGGGCUCACGGGAGACCACGGUCCAAAGGGAGAGAUGGGCGUCAUGGGAACGCCGGGCGCCCCUGGGAGCUCCGGACCCGUUGGCAACCCCGGGUUCCCCGGUCUUCGAGGUGACCCGGGUCUGGGCGGCCCGCGGGGGGACUUCGGCGUGACCGGACCUAAGGGAGGGAGAGGAGACCGGGGGCUCCAAGGCCCGCCCGGGAACAUGAGCGAGGUGGACAUGGAGCACAUGAAGGGGGAGAAGGGGGACCUCGGGGUCACAGGUGACCCUGGCUUCACGGGCCAGAAGGGCUUCCAAGGUCAGACCGGAGACCCUGGGGUCCCAGGGAAAGACGGAGAGUCCGGUUCACCCGGACAGCCAGGGGAGAAAGGAGACCCAGGAUAUCCUGGAGAGCCUGGGAAUACCGGCUUUCCUGGACAGAAAGGCACACUUGGACCCAUGGGAAUACCAGGUCCGGUGGGUCCUAAGGGCACCAAGGGGGGCAUCGGGACCCCGGGCCACCCCGGGUUCAGAGGGACCGACGGGCUGAAGGGAGACAAGGGGGAGGUGGGGGAGGCCGGCAUCGGAGUCCCGGGACCCCCCGGGGAGAAGGGUCCAGUGGGCCAGGCUGGGUUCCCAGGGAGCUCUGGAGAGAAGGGUUUGAAGGGGGGCAUGGGGGAGCCGGGCAUGCCGGGACGGCCCGGGACCAAAGGAGGGCUCGGGAACAUCGGUUACCCAGGUCAGCCCGGCACACCGGGGAAUAAGGGGCUCCCAGGCCUUUCCGGGUCUGAAGGAACUCCUGGUGUGGAGGGCCGAACAGGUGAACCUGGGCUCCAGGGCCCCCCAGGGGCCACCGGGGAUAAAGGACAGGCGGGAGUGGACGGGAUCCCGGGGUCAUCCGGAGAGAGAGGGGAGCCGGGUACUCCUGGAAGAGGAUUCCCGGGAUCGGUGGGAGGGGCCGGCGGCAAGGGUGAUGCGGGCAGUCCCGGGUUCCCCGGCACCCCAGGCCACCCAGGCGUUCCCGGGACCAAGGGCAACAAGGGCCUCCACGGCCCCCACGGGACCCCCGGAGAGCCCGGGCUCAGGGGCCUUCCCGGAGCGUCGCUGGAGGGCCCCAAAGGAGAACGCGGAGAGCUGGGAAUCCCCGGAGAAUCAGGAGCCAACGGGGCCCCCGGACCUGGGGGCCUGCCAGGCAGGGAGGCACCCAAGGGAGACAAGGGAGACCAAGGCUUCAUCGGACUGCAGGGGGAGGAAGGGACCAAAGGGGAGCACGGGAACACCGGACUCCCGGGACAAGUGGGCCUUCCAGGUGUGGACGGACUGCAGGGGGAGAAGGGGUUCCAGGGCCCACCUGGGUUCCCAGGUAUGAAGGGGGAGAUCGGGUCACUCGGGUUCCAAGGAGAGUUGGGAGACCGGGGCUUCCAGGGAGAGAAGGGUACGGUGGGCCCCUCCGGCCCCCCAGGCCCCCACACCUUAAUCAAGGGGGACUCCGGGUUCCCGGGGGACCAGGGCCCUCCAGGCCCCCAGGGGCCCAGCGGCUACAGCGGGCAGAAGGGGCUGCAGGGUAUGACCGGCCACACGGGGCCCAAAGGAGACGACGGCCAGCACGGCUACAACGGCCAGUCGGGGGCCAAGGGGGAGCCGGGGCUGACGGGGCCCACAGGUCCCAGGGGAUACCCGGGCCCCCCGGGGCCCGACGGGACCCCCGGUCUGCUGGGGCCGCCCGGGACGGCCUCCAUGGAGCACGGGUUCCUGGUGACCCGCCACAGCCAGAGCGUGGAGGUCCCCGGGUGCCCCGAAGGCACCCGGCCCAUCUACGAGGGGUACUCCCUGCUCUACGUCCAGGGCAACGAGAGGUCCCACGGCCAGGACCUAGGUACCGCAGGGAGCUGUCUGAGGAAGUUCAGCCCCAUGCCCUUCCUCUUCUGCAACAUCAACAACGUCUGUAACUUCGCCUCCCGUAACGACUACUCCUACUGGCUGACCUCGCCCGAGCCCAUGCCCAUGAGCAUGGCACCAAUCACCGGCCAGAGCAUCAAACCCUUCAUCAGCAGGUGUGCUGUGUGCGAGGCCCCAGCCAUGGUGAUCGCGGUCCACAGCCAGACCAUCAUGAUCCCGGCCUGCCCCCACGGCUGGGACUCCCUCUGGAUCGGCUACUCCUUUGUCAUGCACACCAGUGCGGGCUCCGAGGGCUCGGGCCAGGCCCUGGCGUCGCCGGGCUCCUGCCUGGAGGAGUUCCGCUCCGCUCCGUUCAUCGAGUGCCACGGCCGCGGGACCUGUAACUACUACGCCAACUCCUACAGCUUCUGGCUGGCCACCAUCGAGGACCAGGACAUGUUCACGAAACCCGUUCCAGCGACGCUGAAAGCUGGGAACCUCCGAACCUACAUCAGCCGCUGUCAGGUGUGCAUGAAGAGGACAUGAGGAGGAAGCCUCACCGUCCAAUCACAGCCCGGCCCGCCCCCUCCCAGGGGGAUGGACUUCCUGUUUGAGUCUUCUUUUGUUUUUGUCCAAAACAAAGGAUGGUGCUAAUCCCCCCCCCCCCCCCCCCAAACACCCCGCCUUGUUGUUUGAUUGUGCAGAAGGACAGAGACGUCAGUCGGACAGACGGAUUACACACACAGACACACACACACACACACACAACCACACACACACACACACACACACACACACACACACACACACACACACACACACACACACACACACACACACACACACACACACAAACAGCAAGUGACCAAAAACAUAAAAACUUGCUGGUCUCCGCUCCCUCUGCGGAAUGCCGAUAGGACGGCUCCCUGUUGACCUACUCCCUGAGUACCCCCCCCCCCCCCCCCCCCACCUGACCCCCCUGACCCCACCUGAAUAAGGGGCUAGGGGGCGUUGGGUGCUGUCUGCACCAGCUCAUGAGCGUAUUGAUAGCCAGACGUUUAUUAUCACACCUAGUAUCGUAUUGUAUGUUAACACUUACUAAUGUUAGCGGAUGGAAGCUACCACUGGUCCGCCAGGUCACUAUUCACCAGGCCUUCACUUUGGCUAUGUUGUAAAUAUGCUGCAUUCCUUGUUUCUCCCCAUUCUAACUAACUUCACCAUAUUCUGUUCUGGUAAUGACAGCCUUACUUUGUGUGUGAGUAAAAAAUUUAUUUAUAUGAUUGAUGAAAAUGUGUGGAACUUGAGUCAUAGACAGUGAAGCAAUAUACAGCCUCCAUAUAAGAAGUUCUUCAUUCCUAUGCAAAGCACUGAACUACAAAUAUUCAUGUGAAUGUGAGUGUGCGUGUGUGUGUGUGUGGUGUGUGUGUGUGUGUGUGUGUGUGUGUGUGUGUGUGUGUGUGUGUGUGUGUGUGUGUGUGUGUGCGUGCGUUUCUGCAUGUGUGCAUGCGUGUGUCUGACUGUGGUUGUGUGAUAGAAACAAUCCCAUUUUUUAUCGAAAUAAACCAACAGCUUUGUACUUAAAUGCACUCACAACAUCCUGUGCAACACUUGCAAUUCUCUGGAACUUAUUUUUAUACUCUAUCUGAGCUCUUUGCCGCAGGAUCGGAGCUCUAUGUGCCAAAGGUAUUUGUGUUGUGUGAUCUCAUGUCAUGCUCAACGAAAGCUUUGAUUCUAUGUCUCUAUCAAGUCAUCCAGAUCUGUGUUUGAUAUGUAAGAGACGUUUAAACGUUUGAUUAAAAUGUGCCUUGGAUUUGGGUUAAUUCUGUUUGUUUUUCUACGUAGAAAGUAAUCCAAAAUGCCUGAUGAGCUCUAAACCUAUCACUACGACGUGCCUUUUGAACUUGAAUGUUGAUCCAAACAGAAUCCAAAUUCUCCAGUGAUACCAGUAAGCACUGAUCUCAGGCCAUUGUGUGUGUUUUGUAUUGAAUGUGAUGAGAUUGCUUUUUAAACAUAAUGACAGCAUUAGCCACAUGCUAAGUACAGAGUUCUGGGUUUUGUGGGGCUAGAGAGAGAAAGUGUUCUGGGUUUGGGCUCUGACUAAUUAUCUCCACCCACCCCCAUACUGUUUUCCAUGCAAUAAAAUAUAUAUGUAAUGAA